AUGGAAAUUACUGGCAAUGUCAACAGUCGCAGGCUUCCCUUGAAGGCAAUUGCAGCCAUGUUCAAAAGCACAAAACAAAAUGAUCCUCAGGAGUAUUUCAUAGGUGAUAAGGAGAUGCCAGAGGAACAAGGGCCAAACGAGACAGUGAGAACAGACAGUGAGGUUGGGAGAACAUCUGCAUUGGUCUUCUGUGUGCCAGUGGUCAUGGAAUUUGUCCUAGCUGUUCUCCACAACAUCCAAGAAAGGUGUCGUGGUCUGGUGUCAGUCACGGUGCUGUUUACCAAGCGGUUGUUAAGGGGGAUGACCAGAGCCGACAGGUCUCAUGACUCAUUUAGCUUCUACAUCGAUGAAGCCUCUCCGGUUGGGCCUGAACAGCCAGAGACGGUACAGAAUUUUGUGUCUGUUUUUGGGACUGUGGCUAAAAAGCUGCUGAGGAAGUGGCUGGCUACACAGACCAUGAACUUCACCAGCCAGCUGGGGGCAGGUAUACGGUAUUUUGAUCUUAGAAUUUCCACCAAGCCCAGAGACCCAGACAAUGAACUCUACUUUGCUCACGGUUUAUUCAGUGCCAAAGUCAAGGAGGGUCUGGAAGAGAUCAACGCAUUUCUCGCUGACCACCCAAAAGAAGUGGUCUUCUUGGACUUCAAUCACUUCUACGGGAUGCAGAAAUACCAUCAUGAAAAGCUUGUCCAAAUGCUCAAAGACACAUACGGAAACAAAAUGUGUCCUGCUAUAUUUGCCCAUGAAGUCAGCCUCCAGUACCUGUGGGAAAAGGAACACCAAGUGCUGGUGUUCUACCACAGUCCAGUGGCUCUCGAGGUACCAUUUCUUUGGCCGGGCCAGAUGAUGCCAGCUCCCUGGGCAAACACAACAGAUCCGGAAAAACUGAUUCAAUUCCUCCAGGCAUCCAUCACUGAAAGAAGAAAGAAGGGCUCCUUUUUUAUAUCUCAAGUAGUGCUGACGCCAAAGGCUAGUACAGUGGUGAAAGGGGUUGCUAGUGGUCUCAGAGAAACAAUCACAGAAAGGGCUCUUCCUGCAAUGAUGCAGUGGGUCCGAACUCAGAAACCAGGAGAAAGUGGUGUGAAUAUUAUCACUGCAGAUUUUGUAGAACUUGGUGACUUUAUCAGCACAGUCAUAAAGCUCAACUAUGCCCUGGAUGAAGGUGAAGAUGACACUACUUGAUAGUACUAUAAUAUGUGUGAUGUUGCAUUAUUUAGGAUU